AUGAUAAAAGACGGCCAAGAGAGACCAUCCUCUCGAAACACCAAGACUCAACCACAGCAAAAUCCUCUUCGUCUACUAUUGACCAUGAGUCCAUACUACAAAUUUCUAAUGACUCAAAUUAUUACGAGUUUAAUAUUUAUGAUUUAUUUUGCUCUUCGGAUGACGCAAUCAUGGAACCAUUCAUCUUCGGAAAAUCCUGAUGAUGAUGGUGCAUGGAGAGUGGAAUCGUUCUUGUUGAAAGAAUACUAUUCGGAAACAAUAACAGGUUUUGUAGUUGUUCUCAUACCUAUUUACAUGUUUAUUACUCUGAUUGGCAUAUUCGCAACAAGAAAAACUCCACUCAACAGCAAAAUGACUCCGUCAGACUUACUUUUACAACACAUCGCUAAAUAUUUUGGUACCCUUGUUCUGGGAUCAUGUCUUUUACUGGCUGUCGUAAUUUUGUUUGGAUUCUCACCUUUUAUACGAAUUAACUCGUCAAACUCUGCAACUUUUCAAUCAGCUAGAAGCGAAAUUGUUACAUCAACCACAACAGAGAAUGCUGAUGAAAAUUGGAUAUGCACAAAGCUUGUUCCCAGCUCCAUGAUCAACUCUCACGAUAUUGUCGUGUUUGCAUUCAUGUCCAAAUGUUAUGCUUUCUCGAUUGGAGAAAUUGUUAGAUGCCUGUUGUGGUGUCUAAUCUCUAGUUUAAUCAUUUUUGUCCAACCGUUAUGUAGCCUCUCCCAAUGGACAGACAUUGUGGAUACUGUGAAAUUAGUAGCGUUGGAAAAAACCACACGAUUGACCAACCUAAAACUUGACCUUCAAGCAGUGGCAUUGUUGAGAAAAUUCGUAAUUGUUCAUAUUGUCUGUAUUUGGAUUAGUGGAUUUGUCAUUCCUCUUGACUGGGAAAAAGACUGGCAAUAUUUUCCAAUUUGUACAACAGUUGGGCUUAUUAUUGGAACAUUGUUAAAUUUGAUUCUAUAUGUUAGAAGCAUGAAAUAUGUCACCAUACCGGACAAAGAAGACUAG